AUGGCAGAACUUAGAUCUCUUCGUAAGCGGGAGCACCAGAUAGUGAAGGCUUUCGACAGCGUGCAACAUUUUCUCCAGAAAUACGACCAGGAGACUGAUAGCGGGCAAGUGAACCUUCGGCUGCAUGGACUUGAGGAAGAUUUUAAGGAUUUUGUUGUGGUUCGGAGUAAGCUUGAGUUGCUGCUGGAAGAUGUUGAGGUCCAGAAACAUGCUAAAUCUGACCCAGACUUGAAGCAGGAGGCGUUGGAACAUAUGGACGAUGAAAAUGAUCGUAUUAUGCAGGAAUUUCGUGAUCGAUUCUACGCACUGAAGGCGGCGCUUGUGACUUUGCUACCACAUUUCCUACCCCCACCAACGCCACCAUCACAAAGAGGUCCCCAUUCGUCAAUUGCAGGAGAUGAUGUUUUCGGUGUGCACCCAACGCCGACAUUUUCAAAAGUGAAGCUACCUGAAAUCCGUUUACCGUCGUUCAGUGGUAAGAUCUUCGAGUGGGUAACCUUUCGUGACACCUUUCAAAGCCUCAUUCACAACAAUCCUCAGUUGACCGACAUGGACCGUUUCACCUACUUGAGAUCAUCGUUAUCAGGAGACGCAUUGCAGGAGAUUAGUUCUGUGGGCUUGUCAGCCGUAAACUACAACGUUGCGUGGGAAAUGUUAGCGAAUCGUUAUGAAAACAAGAAGUUGAUUGUGAAGGCUCAUCUAGACGCACUUUUCGCUACAGAAGGGCUCAAGAGAGAGAGCUAUGAAAAACUCAACAGUCUCAUUAGCGAGUUAGAGAAAAACCUUCAGAUGCUGGACAAGAUUGGGCAAAACACCUCCGAGUGGAGCACCAUUCUCGCAUACAUGUUGUGUUCUAAGCUCGAUUCCGCUACGCUGCGGCAGUGGGAAACUCAUCACAACUCAAAGGAUGUACCCACGUAUACUGCUAUGCUCGGUUUCUUGCGCAAUCAUUGUGAUGUACUCCAGUCAGUGGCUCCUGCUAAAUCCAACUUCGUCGAUCAUCGUUCCUCGAAACCAGCUGUCUGUCACACAGUGCCGAAACCUCCGAUACAAGACGAGCAAUCGCGACCGCCAAAGGCUAAGCAACACAAUUCGAACCAACACACACACACCACCACUGCCAGCUCGCAGCGCACAAACAACACAUCUCCAGCCACCAACACGUCCACCACAAGUCAAAAUUAUGUCGCACUCCCCAUCACACCUACACACAACAUACUUCUGUCUACCGCUCUCGUUACAAUCAAAGAUCGUUUUGGUAGAGCGACGCUGGCACGAGCUCUGCUAGACUCGUGUUCCCAGCACUGUCUAAUGACUGCCAGUUUUGCGAGCAAGCUACAGUUCCGUGAGACUCCUACGUAUUUGUCGGUUCAAGGGAUUGGAUCAGCUCGAUCGGUUUCCACCAAAUUAGUUAGUGCAGAGGUCGGUCCUAGGUCUAGGAUCAUUUCGCCAUUCACUGAAGAGAUGCAGUUCCAUGUGCUGCCAAAGCUGACUGUGUUACUUCCGACGACGAGUUGCAAUCCGGCCGAGUGGGAUCUUCCGGAUUCGACGUUGAUAGCCGAUCCCAGGUUUCACGAGCCUGGUCCGGUCGAUUUGAUUAUCGGAGCUGAAUAUUACAUGGACUUGCUGAAAGAUGAACGACAAAAGGCUACACCAUCAGGACCGACUCUGCAGAAUACGGUGUUUGGGUGGAUAGUCUCGGGAAGAGUUCCCAACAGUACAAAUAGCGAGCGAUGUUCACUGGUUCACGUGUGCUCGACGGCGGAAAUCAAAGAGCAGCUCACCAGAUUUUGGGAAUUGGAGACCUGUCGAACCGCCAGCACCAAUUCCGUCGAAGAAACCACCUGCGAACAAUUUUUCAAGGAGACUACAGUAAGAGACGAGAAUGGCAGAUUUGUUGUGGCCCUGCCAAAGAAGGAAUACGUUAUCAGCAAAUUGGGAGAUUCAAGGGCAACUGCUCUCAAACGGUUCAUGGGACUCGAACGACGAUUUGCAGCUAACCCAGACCUGAAGACGCUGUAUUCCCAGUUUAUACACGAAUACCAAACUCUCGGCCACAUGAAAGAGGUCAUCGAUGAUACCGCCGCAGGGAAGACAUUUUAUUUACCGCACCACGCUGUUCUAAAGCCGGACAGUACCACCACGAAACUCCGAGUAGUUUUUGAUGGCUCUUGUCGAACAUCUACGGGCAUUUCUUUGAACGACGGCUUGAUGGUCGGUCCCGUUGUUCAGGAAGACCUCCUCAGUAUCACGUUACGCUUCCGUAUCCACCGAUUUGCAAUAGUAGCCGACAUCGCCAAGAUGUACCGAAUGGUUCGAGUUCAGGCAACGGAUCAACCGCUACAACGGAUCUUGUGGAGAGAUUCUAUCGAAGAGCCAGUCCGUACUUUCGAAUUGACGACCGUUACGUACGGUACCGCGUCUGCGCCUUAUCUGGCCACAAAAUGCCUGCAAAGUGUAGACGACGUGAAGGAUGGAAGGAAGUUGAUCCAACAGCUGGUCGAGCUUUUACAGUCAGCAGGAUUUUCACUUCGCAAGUGGAAUUCCAACAGUAAGGAGCUCCUACAGAACGUGCCUGAGCAGUUGAGGGACGAUCGGUCGAUCCUAGAGUUAGAUUCGUCUAGUUCAACCAUCAAAACGCUAGGACUUGUGUGGGAACCCAGUACCGACAGCUUUCGAUUCACUAUUCCAACCUGGAACUCCGCGGCUGUAAUCACCAAACGAAUAGUGCUCUCAGACGUCUCCCGACUGUUUGACCCAUUAGGCCUCGUGGGGCCUGUUAUUAUUCAAGCAAAAAUAUUCAUCCAAGAGUUAUGGAAACAAGAGUGUUCUUGGGAUGAACCUCUCCUGCCAGAGCUACAGGAAUACUGGCAAGAGUAUCGGAGAAACCUUGCUGGUUUGGAUAGCCUCUCUGUUCCUCGGUGGGUUGGAAUAUCUAGCAACAUUGUAGCAGAGGAGCUACAUGGGUUUUGUGACGCCUCUGAAGCAGCUUACGGAGCCUGUAUUUAUAUUAGGACAGUUACAGAGACUGGAUCUGUAUCAGUGCGGCUGUUGACAUCCAAAUCGCGGGUUGCUCCACUUGAAAACCUGAAGAAGAAAAAGAAAAGGCAGUCCAUACCUCGCUUGGAAUUGUCGUCAGCACUGUUGCUCGCUCACUUGUACGAAAAGGUCGUACAAAGUCUCCGCAUCUCCGUUAGAUCAUUCUUUUGGACGGAUUCGAUGAUCGUUAAGUGCUGGCUUUCGUCAUCGCCAUCAAGAUGGAAGCAAUUUGUCGCUAAUCGAGUCUCCAUGGAAUGGAACCACGUCGCAGGUGUAGAAAAUCCAGCAGAUUUAGUCUCGCGUGGGAUGAUCCCAGCACAGCUUCAGUACCAAUAUGUUUGGUUUGACGGACCUCGCUGGUUGCUAUUGGAAGAAGCCUAUCGCCCUCAGCCCCGCCAGAUUAGAGAAGAAGACAUUGCAUCAGCUGACUUGGAGGAGAAAACCACCACGUUAGUCCUUCAGGCAAACACUCCCAGUGAGAUCUUCAACCUACGAUCGUCACUGUCGGAGUUAGUUCGCGUUAUGGCUUAUAUUCGCCGUUUCCGGUUCAACGCACAAGCUGUCAACCGCAACUGUAGAAGGUAUGGGCCGAUCACAUCGUCUGAGCUCGACGAUGCACUGCGAGCAUUGGUUCGGCUUGCGCAAGAAGAAAGCUUUCCACAAGAACUUGCUGAUUUGUCCAAGCGAACCCACGUGCGGGACUCGUCGCGCAUUGUGUCACUAAAGCCGAUUCUCAAUGAAGGCAUGAUGUGUGUUGGCGGCCGGUUACGACAUGCAUCAGUUUCACCGAAUCGCAAGCAUCCGUACAUUCUCGACCCACAUCACCCGCUGACGAAAAUCGUAGUUACUCACUACCAUCGGAAACUAUUUCAUGCGGGACAGCAGCUGUUAAUUUCGGCAAUGCGAGAGCGAUUCUGGCCAGUGUACACCAGCAACUUGGUGCGACAGGUAAUCCACGAGUGCGUCGCUUGUUUUCGAGUUCGACCAAAGGUUCAUGACCAGAUUAUGGCUGAUCUCCCGGCUGAAAGAGUAACUCCCUGUUCGCCGUUUCAAAGAGUCGGAGUUGAUUACUGCGGACCAUUUUCAGUGGUCUAUCCACAUCGUCGUUGCCGGCCUGUAAAAUGUUUCGUCGCAGUCUACAUUUGCCUUACUACCAAGGCGAUACACUUAGAGAUAGCCGCGGAUCUUACGACGCAGGCCUUCCUAGCAUCGUUGAAGCGCUUCUCGGCUCGACGUGGAAAACCCGAGCUGAUAAUGUGUGACAACGCAAAGAAUUUUGUUGGUGCAAAACGAGAGCUGGAUGAACUUCGCAAGCUGUUUCACAACCAACAGUUCCAGAACACUGUCGCAAAGGAGGCGGCAGACGACAGAAUUGAGUUUCGGUUCAUUCCAGCACGUUCUCCUAACUUCGGUGGGCUAUGGGAAUCCGCUGUCAAAUCGUUUAAGACACUCUUCAAACGUACGAUUGGCUUGAAUACCUUGGUGUACGACGAAAUGCAGACAGUCUUGAUUCAGAUUGAGUCGAUUCUGAACUCACGACCGCUCACCCCCGUUAGCAACGACCCAGACGAUUUUGAAGCUCUGACACCAGGACAUUUUCUAAUACAGCGACCCUUAAUGGCAAUUCCGGAACCAGAUCUUGGAGAGAUCCCGGAAAAUCGGCUGUCCGCCUGGCAAAAGGCACAGCGAUUCACACAGGUUCUGUGGAAAAAAUGGUCGACGCAGUAUUUGUCGAAUCUGCACAAUAGGACGAAGUGGACACGCCAAAAAGACAACAUACGUGUGGGCACUAUGGUUGUUCUCAAAGAAGAAAAUUUGCCUCCGUUGAAAUGGCACCUAGCGCGUGUGACGGAGAUUCAAACAGGUCCAGAUGGGAAUGUACGAGUGGUUAAAGUACGAACAAAGGAUGGUAGCUACCAACGAGCAAUCUCGAAGAUAUGCGUGCUACCCAUCCGCGAUAAUAUUUCUUUACCAACCGAGGAGAACUAG